AAAUAAUAUAUUCUACCACUGUGAUUUAAUUAAUUAUUUUGCAUUACAGGAAUGAUUGUGGGAUUUUGGGCUCUCUCUCUCUCUCUCUCUCUCUCUCUCUGUCCCGUGAGGCGUGUGUUCUGGUCAGUGGAUCGGGUGGUUUGGACUGGACGACUCCUCCUUCAUUCACAGUUUUUUUUAUAAUCCGUCAGAGUUUGAGAGUCUGAAAUCCACCUGCAGUUUUUUCCUCUUAACCAGAUUUCUUCCAGCUUUCCUCGGUGACAGCAGGACAGUAUUGGCUGUCAUCAGCGUGUGUGUGACAUGAGCGUUCCUCUGCUGAAGCUCGGUGCGGUGGUGAGCACCAUGAUCAUGGUCUCCAACUGGAUGUCCGUGAAGCUGCCGGCGCUGGUGGGUCUCGAUCAACACGCCGCACGACCCGGGACCUCGGAGAAGCUCAUCAGCGUGUGGUAUCCCGGCGAGGACGAGAGCUGGCAGCUGAUUGGCUCAGUGCAGGACAGGUGUGUGUGCUCCAUCAUGAGUCCCACUCACAGCGUCUGUGGAGGAGACCCUCGACACGACCGACUGCAGCGGCUGGCCAAUCACGUGUUGAACGUCUCCCAGGACAUGGAUCUCCUGAACCAGCGGACGGCUCAAGAUGUUCAGCACCUCAGAGACUCGGAGACGCUGAUGGACGCACUGGAGACCAGAUUAAAAACAGCCCAUGAUGAUCCUCACAGCCUGACCAGCAAGAGCCUGCAGGACCUGCGCUGGAGUGUGUCUCAGUGUCGCCCCCUGCGGGUGCUGGCGGGUCGUCUGCGGGCGGAUGCGGAUCGGCUGGAGUCUCUGAAGGAGGAGUUGGACACACUCACGGAUUCGCUGUCCGUCCUGCGGGAGCUGUUCACUCUCCGGCACUAUCAGCGUCUGCUGGAGCGCUCGUCCGUCCUACAGCAACACCUGCACUCCUGCUCCAGCCAGCUGGGGUGUGGCAGGCUGACGGGUAUCAGCGCUCCGCUCACCAUCAGGUCUUCAGGCUCACGCUUCGGAUCGUGGAUGAUGGACACCAUGAUUGACAGUUCAGACAGUCGUGUGUGGGUGAUGGAUGGGUAUUUGAAGGGCAGGCGUCUGGUGGAGUAUCAGUCGCUCGAUGACUUCGCUAACGGGCAGAACUUCAUCAUCCAUCAUCUUCCUCACCCAUGGGCAGGUACGGGUCACGUGGUGUACAACGGCUCCCUGUACUACACCAAGCACCACAGUAACGUGUUGGUGCGCUAUAGCCUGGCGUCGGGUGAGGUCACGCACCAGCUGCCGCUCCGUCAGGCCGGGUUCAACAACACCUUCCCGUACUCGUGGGGCGGCUCGUCCGACAUCGACCUCAUGGCGGACGAGCUGGGCCUGUGGGCCGCGUACAGCUCCACCCCUCACGCCGGGACUCUGGCGCUGAGCCGACUCGACCCGCACACACUCGAGGUCCAGCGCUCCUGGGACACGGGCUUCCCCAAACGCAGCGCCGGCGAGGCCUUCCUCAUCUGCGGGACGCUGUACGUCACCGACUCACACCUGGCCGGAGCCAAGGUCCACUUCAGCUUCCACACGGACACGGCGUCCUACGAGUACACCGACAUCCCCUUCCACAACCUGUACUCGCACAUCUCCAUGCUGGACUACAACCCGCGCACACGAGCGCUGUACACCUGGAACAACGGACACCAGGUGCUGUACGAGAUCACGCUGAUGCACUUCAUCAGGACGGCCCGGGACAGCGACGAACCGCGCUCUGAUUAACCCCUGGGACACGAUACGACUCACGCAUGUCAACGUUUACUGCUCUUACUCUGCUAAUCUGCAGUUCCUGAAAUGUCCUUUGUUGGGGGAAAAAAAUCAAAUAUAGUGAGAUGUACCUUCUGAAUGUCUGUAAAAAUUACAACAAAAAAAAUACAUGCAUCAGGUCUUGUCAUUUGCAUGUAUAUGCAAACUCAGUACAUUAAUAUGGCUAUUAACAUGUUUAAUUAAAUGAAUACAAUUUAUAAAGCAAAAAUCCACCAAUAUGAAACUAUGAAUAUUAAGAACUGCUUCUCUAUUUAUUUUACCUUUUACCUAUUUUACCUAUUAUCAUUGAGAUACUAUUAUAGUUAUUUCAAUAUUUUAAAUUAUAUUUGCUUUUGUAGUUUACCUUUUCAUUUCAUGAUUUUAGGAUAAGGAUUUUAAAAAUAUAUAUUUUCCUUACAAUUUUUUUACCAGAUGAAAUUAUUUUAGAACUUUUACAACUUAUAUGUAAUAUGAAUAUGUAUUCAUUCAAAUAUGCAUUCAUAGUCAUAAAAAUGCCAAUGAAGUUGUACGAUUUUAUUCAUUUGCAUGACUUUUCCAGGGAAAAUUCAAAUAUCUUGAAUUUAAUUAAAAGUUCAAAUAUCUUGA